UGUUAACUUACCUCACACCGAUUACCCCGCCAUGCAGGCCACUGCUGCAUCACGCACAGUCAGCCACCACACAUCACACUGGAUAGGUUAGGGUACACUUAUCAGUGUCUCUUCCCUCGCCGGAUACAUCCACAGCCAUAGCAGGGAGGCGCUGCUCUUGGAGGUGGGAAUGGUACCAUGAAUUCGCAGGCUGAGAGGAGAAUCUCGACAUGUCGCGCUCUCUAGAUAAGCACGUCUUGGAGAACCUCAAGUCUGAGGAUCCUGCUAUAGUCUACCGGGAUAUCGUCCAGGUGCUCGCCGCACUGCCCCAGCAGGGUGGUCUCUUGGAGAUCGAGCUCCUUGGAAAGGCGCAUCCUUUGCAGCCGGGCAUCAACUUCCUGCAAGACGAAAACGCCAUAGCGAUCCCGAAGCUGAGACUCACACAGGCUUUCUUCGUUGCGCGUCAAGUAAUACAAAAGCAUAUCACCUCUCAGCUCAGCUCCCCAAGUGACGAGACUGUGGCAUCUACUGCAGUCGUGCUGCUUAUGGACCCCGAGCACCUUACAGCUGCAAAUAUUAGGAAGCGGGCAAUUCUGUCACGGUUGCAUCAUGGCAUGCAGCCAGAACCGUUACUUCGACACGAGAAACAAGUCCUCGACAGCUUGCUCACAGCUCGUUUGCAUCGCCACACCAAAUCGCCUACGCUAUGGAGUCAUAGACGUUGGCUUAUGGAACGUUUCAAGCUUCUGCAUGUGCCGCUUGACCUUCGGUCAGAUAUUAAGUCAGUCAUCAUGGUCGCUGCAGAAAGGCAUCCGAGGAAUUACUACGCCUGGCACCAUGCCAGAUGGCUGGUUGGCCAUAUGAGCCCGGCAUUUGACACGCGUUUCCUCGUGGACGUCACAAACGAUGUCAAAGAUUGGUGCUUCAGGCACCACAAGGACAUAUCUGGUUGGACCUACCUCGAUUUUAUUAUGUCAAGUAUCCAAGACCAAGAGCGCAAAGUACGAGAAUGUUCUGCUGUGCUUGCUGAAACUCUGAACAUGGCAGAGUCUUUCCGUUGGACGAACGAAUCGCUAUGGGUCUUUUUGCGCACUCUUGUAGCUCGAAAUACAUUGAGUCGAGGAGAAUUUGCGUCAUUUGCCCUUCUCAACAAAAGACUAUCUUCUGAUGCCAAGGACCAAAAUACCAAGGCAUUCUUGGAUGCUGCUUUACAAUGGGCUGACCAGCACCGACAAAAUGGAGUUGAGAGGUCGGGGGUGCUCACGGAUACUGGCACUUUGCACCCCAUUUCAUAUCGGUAUUGAUGAGCUCUUGAGAUCAAACAAACAUUUCACUGGUCUUUUUAGCCCUGCCGCUUUCAUACGCGAACCUUCGAUUCGCCCAGAUAGACAUAGAUGCCUCAGCCUCGUUCCUUACAUGAACCUACAUGCCAGCUCGUGUGUCCGAAUAUCAGGAGAAAUCAAAGAAUCGAAUCUUAUUGCCCCUACCCGACUUCACUACACAGCUGUUCCUUGUCAUAAGCGGCGACGCUCUAAGUUAUUUUAGUUUAGUUGGCGGCAGAAGCGUUGCAUUGGAAAGGCGGCUACACGCCUAGUGCACGCAACGGCCUCAGGAACGGCGUCGCAUUUCUCCUUGGGACCAUUGCCGUUUGUCAUGCAAGGGAGCAUCUCC